AUAGUCAAAUCGUCCAGCUGUCAUAACUUCUAUUCUUUUAUCCACUUGUUGUGUUCACGAUGCGUCGUUCACUUUACGGAAUUUUGUUGUUGGUCUGCUGCUGUGCGAUUUCUUCCGUCUGCGCAGCUCCGAGUUCCGCUGUUAUCGGCAACGAACUGAACGGACUGGCCCGGAAUAUUAAUGGCACUAGUACAGACUUAGACUCUGAAGAUACUGACGAGAACCCCUUGGCCGUCGCUUGGUUGGUUGCGAGAUACGGAUGUGUUUUUGCGAGAGCGACCGCAGUGGUCUGCAAAUUUCUGCGCACUGGAGAUAUUGGUGAAAUGAUGUUGGUGGGACGUUCGGACAACGAAGAGUUGGACCAAAUAGACUGGAACCAAGUCCGCAAUGCAGUCAAGAAAUACGGCUGCCCUGUUAUUAAAGCUUUCGCAUUUGCUUGUAUUUCGAUUGGAUAAUUAGAUUUUGACGUUAAAUCUUAACAAAUCACAAUGGAUGGUGAUGAGCAAAUUUAUCCUUGAAUAAUAAAAUUAUUUAUCAAAAUUGAUUAUCCAAA